UGACGGUUUAUUUAUGCUUGUAUUAUUUCGCCCGCAAAUUAUUUACGUCAUGCAAAAACUUUACUAUAUAACGCUUUACCUUGUUUCACCUAUAUACAGAAUAAUGUGUUAAUUUUUAGGUGGGCACUUUUCAAGAGCCUGCAAUUAGUGUCAACUCUUCAAAGUGUAAAGACUUACUAAUUAAUAAAACAUAAAAAAUCGAAGAAAAAUUAAAAUAUUGUUUCAAAUGGCGGUUAAACGUUGUAUUAAAUCGGCGUUUUUAAUCACGCUUUUAGCAGUUUUGUGUCAAUCAGCCAGGGUGAAGAAGUUUCCUACUUAUAUUCAAAAAUGCCAUCAAAGCGAUCAGGAUUUCGAAAAAUGCCUGUUAAAAGCAGUGCAAAUUAUCAAACCGCACUUGCAGGAUGGUAUUCCUGAGUUCAGAUUACCGAAAAUGAAUCCGCUCACUUUACCUGAAGUGGGAAUCGAUGCUGGGGCAGGCUUUAUCGCUAAAUUUGAGAAUGUUGAAAUCUACGACGCGGACAAAUUUAUUAUCAAGAAAUUCGACGUGAAUCUAGCAGAGAAUAAAAUCAAAUUCGACCUAACUUUUCCCCAUAUCAGAAUAAAGGCGCAGUAUUCCAUUUUUGGAAAAGUGCUAUUUUUCAACCUGGAUGGCUCAGGACCAGCCGAUGGCAAUAUCACGGACUGUAGAGUGAUCGCAACGAUGAAUGGCAUGCGAGUUUAUCAGCAGGACAAGCAGUAUCUGAAACUAACCGAAACUGUUGUUGACGAUAUCGAAUUUGGAAAGCCAGAAUUCAAAUUUUACGAUCUGUUCAAAAACAACCCAGAGCUGACUGAGCAAACGAACAAAAUAAUCAACAUUAAUAUGAAGGCACUGCUGGACGAUUUGCGGCCCACUUUGGAAGACACCAUUGGAAAAACCGUGCUGGAAUUUAUUGGUCGAGUGUUUUCCAGGUUCUCGAUAGAGGAACUGUUUCCUAAAUAAAUACCUACCACCUGAAAGCUCAUGCUUUUCUUGCUACUGCACUUAAAUGGAAUAUUAGGCUAAGACUUUAAGGCUGUUAAUUUUAGGCUUUUAGGUACAAAUUGUUCUUUAUUUCAUUCAACCGAAAUUAACUAAACUUUGGGUUGAUUGGAUACAAGUCGUCCCAAGGUAUAUUAUUACUGAUUGUCUUGAAUAAAAGAUCCUCCAAGA